CUCCAUUGACAACGCCAACGCCAGCACUCUACUUUCCCGCUCACUCAAAUUCUCUUGUAACGAAACCGUCAAUCUAAUGGCUAUUAGCGACACGUCAUGUCGUGUCGCUAUAUACGUCAAGGUCACUAAUAUCGAGGGCAAUCCCCUUAGCAGACACGUUACUCUAGGGCAAGCGUUCUGUUCUAGCGUGCUCUCGCGAGACUUCCGUAACCAAAUUCAACCCGACGGGUACGAUGCUUGCCACAUCCCUGCGAACUUCGACUCUGAUAAGGGCGUCUCUGUCUAUUUUCUCUUCGACAUAGGUGUUAAGGGGCUGUUACCUGAGGACGACCUGUUAUCGAUUCCACACUUUGUCUAUCUCGCUAGUCGGGCACAGGGGGAUUGGAACUUUAUUCCUCGUCCAAGAGCUAUCGAAAAAGCCAAGCAGAGAGCGCGGAAAUAUCCUUGGGGAGGCAAAGUGGAGCAGGAGAUGUUCGCAGAGCUCCUUAAUCAAGGCGUCUCCGGAGGGAUCUCCCGUUUACACUCUGGGCAGUUUGUGUCAGGUUCGUCCUCCUGAAGAACAUGAUCAUGGGUCCUUUGAUCUUCUGGGCAACUUUGUCCCCUUGCAAUCGCUACUGGACACUGGGCGAUAUGUUUGAUGCGAGUAGGUUCAUCACCUAAACUGGCAUGCCAGGCGGAGCACGCGAACAUGGCUCGUACGUUCUGACACAUCUUAGGGCAGUCGUUAACGAUACCUUUUGCGUUGGUUCGACAAAUAGUAUACCUCGUCCUCGCUUUCGAAACGUCU